AUGAAAAGAAACAGUAAUGAUUCAGCUCAACAAGCUGAGAUGACUACAUUAACUCUAGCUUUAGAAGAAUUACAUUGUUUGAUUUAUGGAAAAACAUUUAACAAUAAUGAACCAACUCUAAUUGCCAGUGAUAGUGAUUAUGUUUUCAAAACAGUAAAAAUUUACUUUAAAGUGUGGGAAAACAGAGGGUUUAAGAAGGCAAAUAAUGAAACUCCUGCUAUUCUAAAAAAAUGGAAAGGCAUUUUUAAAAGAUUGAAACAAAUGAAUAUUAAGCUCAUUAAGGUACGGGCACAUGCAGAAAUUAUAAUUAACUGUAAAGCUGAUACUGCAGCUCGUAAAUAUGCAUCUGCGAUGCGAGUAUUGAGAUCUCAAGUAUAG